AUAAACUUCUAUCACAACUAAGCCAGUUAAUAAUAAAUGAUGGCGCACAAUAAUAAUGGAAAUUUCAGUAAUAAACUGAGAAAUGAUGGGGAAGAGGAAGUGAAGCCGUCCUGCUCGAAAACAGUCUCGAAAAUAUUUCCCGAUAAAAUAUACAAAUCAGAGCAACCGAAAGGGGUAGACGCAACCGGUAUGACCUGCGAGUGCGGAGUAUUUGGUGCCAUUGCUUGUGGGGAUUACCCAACUCAGCUUGACAUUGCCCAGAUGAUAUGCCUGGGCUUGGUGGCCUUGCAGCAUCGUGGCCAGGAAUCGGCUGGCAUUGUGACCAGUAUUGGUAAAUCUUCAAAGAACUUCAGUGUGCACAAGGGCAUGGGAAUGAUUAAUAAUCUCUUCAACGAUGAGGCCAUCCGCAAGCUAAAGGGAAAUCUAGGCAUUGGUCACACCCGUUACUCUACCUCGGCUGCCUCAGAGGUGGUGAAUUGUCAACCAUUUGUGGUGCACACAGCUCAUGGAGCAUUGGCCAUAGCCCACAAUGGUGAGCUAGUGAAUUGCGAGUCGCUGCGUCGCGAGGUACUUGAACGAGGCGUCGGCUUGUCCACACACAGUGACAGCGAACUGAUUGCCCAAUCCCUGUGCUGUGCCCCCGAAGACGUAUCCGAACACGAUGGUCCCAACUGGCCGGCUCGUAUUCGGCAUUUCAUGACAUUGGCUCCACUCUCGUACUCCCUGGUGGUCAUGCACAAGGAUAAGAUCUACGCUGUACGCGAUUCAUAUGGCAAUCGGCCACUUUGUCUGGGCAAGAUUGUGCCCAUGGAUGCGGGCUAUGCCAAUAUCGAUGACCAAUUGGCUGAGGGUUGGGUGGUCAGCAGUGAGAGUUGCGGCUUUCUAUCGAUCGGAGCCCGCUAUGUCCGCGAAGUGGAGCCCGGCGAGAUAAUCGAACUGUCCCGCAAUGGUUAUCGCACCGUGGACAUUGUGGAGCGACCCGACUACAAGCGCAUGGCCUUCUGCAUCUUCGAGUAUGUCUAUUUUGCACGCAGCGAUUCCAUGUUCGAGGGCCAGAUGGUCUAUUCCGCUAGAUUGCAGUGUGGCAGGCAAUUGGCCAGGGAGUCGCCGUUAGAAGCCGAUUUGGUUAGCUCGGUGCCCGAAUCGGGCACAGCUGCGGCCCAUGGCUAUGCCAGAGAGUCGGGUCUACCGUUUGGCGAGGUGCUCUGCAAGAAUCGCUAUGUGGGACGAACAUUCAUCCAGCCCUCAAAUCGACUGCGACAAUUGGGGGUCGCAAAGAAAUUCGGUGCCUUGGCCCAAAAUGUUGAGGGCAAACGAAUUGUCCUUAUCGAUGAUUCGAUUGUGAGAGGCAAUACAAUUGGUCCGAUUAUCAAACUUUUGCGAGAUGCCGGAGCCAUUGAGGUUCACAUACGGAUAGCCAGUCCUCCACUUCAAUAUCCCUGCUAUAUGGGCAUCAAUAUACCGACUCGAGAGGAACUGAUUGCCAACAAACUGAAUGCUGAGCAGCUGGCCGAGCAUGUGGGAGCCGAUAGUUUGGCCUAUCUCAGUGUCGAGGGACUGAUAAAGGCUGUGCAGAUGAACAAGGCCCAUGUGAAUCCCAUAAAGGCUGGCUAUUGCACAGCUUGUCUAACGGGAGAGUAUCCGGGCGGAUUGCCUGAAGAGCUUAGCUGGUAGCUACCAUCUUAUCCCAUCCUCUCCUUAUUACGGUUUUUUUUUUUUUUCGUUAGCCUUUAAUUAGUUUUAAAACUUGAAUCGUGUGUAUGUGUAUAUAAAAUGUAUAUUAUCAAAAUAUUAUACCAGCUAAAUGUUAUUGCAU